AUGAGAGCCCAAAUCUGGAGAUCAAGUUCACCAUACCACCGAGAUUGCACCGAGUGUAACGCUAGCAGAUUUCCGAUGCUGCUGAAAGAAGUUGAACAAAAGAAGCACUUGUUGACUAAAUGUCUUUUAGUCUGUACAUGUUUAAAUUGUAAUUCAACUAGUGAUAUGCCUGGCACAAGCGAUUCAAAAUCGUGGCGAUCCUUUGAUGGUGGCACCCCGAGCACAGUCAGCCGAAAGUCGUCACUCAAAUGUUUUAACGAACCUGGGCCACCUAGGCACGAGAGGAGAAUACAGCGUAUAGUGGUGCCGAAAGAAAGACGACGACCUCGAGAUCUGCCUUGUGCAGAACCAAGGUUAUAUUUAUAUUUUAUAUCUAAUUGUUGA